AUGAUACACAUUCGCGCUUUUCCCUUCACUGUUCUCUGCAUCGGUAUUCUCCUCUUCAUCGUCUUCCUCAAUACAUCCACGCCUUCCUACUUAACACACUAUUCGUCCGACCUUCUCCAAAAAUAUAGACCAGUUGGAACAGUCCAUGGAUCCUCCGAUAUUUCAAACAGCACACUUGGUUUUCAAAAGAUCUUUGCAGUGAGCUUACCGGAACGAAGUGAUAAGAGAGAUGCUCUCACGUUGAUUAGUAGUUUGACAGGAUUCAACAUCGAAUGGGUAGAUGGAGUGAAGGGGGAAGCAGUCUCUGAUAAAGCUGUACCAUAUGGUGCUGAUAGAGUGAAGUUAUGGGAAUCAAAUUUAGGAAGUUGGAGGGGGCACAUGAAUGCUGUUCGGAGGAUUGUCGAACAAAAUCUCACAAGCGCACUUAUCUUUGAAGAUGACAUGGAUUGGGACACCCGUUUAAAAUCUCAACUCCUUACCUUCGCGGCCGGUUCCAAAUUUAUUCAAUAUUCCUCUAAUACACCCUCAAAUCUUGUUUCUCCCUAUGGCGAUGACUGGGAUUUACUUUGGCUUGGUCAUUGCGGCGAAGUAUUCCCCGAAACUCUCGAUGAAUACAAGUCGCUUUCUCCCUCCUCUCCUGAAAUCGCACAUCUCUCCCGCAAAUACAUCAUAACCUCCGAUCCUACUGUCCCACCGCCGAUGCAUUUCAAAGGAUUCCAAAAUGCCACACAAAACCCCUACACACGAUGGGUUCACAUCAGUGGAGGUCCUAUCUGUACCUUCGCAUAUGCGCUGAGUCAACAAGGCGCGAGAAAAGUGCUAUGGGACUUAAGUGUUGAUAAAUUAGCAGGACCGUUUGACAAUGCAUUAGCAGGACUGUGUAGAUGGGGACGGGAUCCGAAGAGAUUGGGAAUGAGAUGUGUAAGUGUUACGCCGGGGCUCUUUCAACAUCACAAAGCCAGAGGUUGGGUGGGUGGAGAUUCGGAUAUUCAAAAGGUGGGAAGUACGAAGGAGGAUGUGAGAGAAAAGGGGGUUACGGAAAAUGUGGUUUGGAGUGCGAGGAUGAAUGUAAGGGAAAUGUUGAUGGGGGAAAGAAUUAAAGGGCAGUGGAGUGAUGAGGUUGGAAGAUAG